UCGGCGCUUCAGUUUCCCGCUGUCUCUAGACCCGUGAACUUCGUUGUUCGCUGCUGCAGCAACGCGAGAGAAACGAGCUUCUGUACACAAUCCAUAUAGCCGGUGCGCUUGAAACGUGAGAUCGCCCUCUCUCACCGCCUCGUAUUAUUGGCCCAGCGCCGUUGCCGUCGCGUGCACUGACGAAUUUGCGCGUUUCGGAAGAAAGAAGUCGAAAAAACGGUGGCUUUUCCUUCUCUGCUUUCGCGAGAUACUUAUAGACACUUAUAUCCGCGCGCGAUCGCGAUGUGAGCUUCUCGAGUUCGCGCUGCAGCUGGAGAGUUCUUUCGUUUUUUGGUUGGUCCCAGUGUUUUCUUGUCUGUGUGAGUCCACGUUUAUAUACAUCUAUAGAGCGAAGAAGAAGGAAGGAAGGGGAGAUACUCGGAGAGAUACCUCAGAGCCGGCUGUAAUAGAGGACGGAGAGCAUCGCUGAGGAAAGAUGCCGGGUGAAACACGAUUGAGGCACCUGCUGUUGCUCGGGAUUCUGCUGUGCUUUUCCGAGCUUACGGGCUCGGCGAGAGCACAGUGCGGUCCAGCCGCAGCGGAACAGAGCAGGCUGGAGCGGCAGAACAAGCUGGCCAUGUACAAGGUCACCCUGAAGACCUACUGGUCGAGAGCACGAUUCCCAAGGCACUACCCGGAGUGGAGGCCGCAAGCUCAGUUCGGCAAGUUAGUCGGCCGAACCCACGACCCCAGCUACGUGCUCUACCGGCUGGGCCAGAGGCUAUCGGCCGGCGCGCGGCAGUACGUGGAGACCGGGAGGACGGACGCGCUUGACACGGGCGCCGACUUCCCCAACACGCUGCACGCGUUCACCGGGCCGGCCGUGCCCCAGGGCGAGGGCAGCAGCACGGCCAGAGCCUUCCUCGACGGCAACCACACGCUUGUCAGCGUCUUCGCCAGGAUCAACCCCAGCCCCGACUGGUUCGUCGGCGUCGACUCCUUCCAGCUUUGCGUCGAGGGCAACUGGGUAGACACCGUCACCGUCGAGCUGGAUCCGCUAGACGGCGGCACGGACAACGGCUUCACGUUCACGGCGGUAAAUUGGCCGACGCAGCCCCAAGGAAUCGCCUACAGGAUCACAUCGCGCUAUCCCGCCCAUCCCGCCGGGAGCUUCUACUACCCGAAUCUACCCCGUCUGCCGCCCAUCGCCACGCUCACCUUCACCAAGCUGCGGGAGUACACCCUAACGGAGACGUACCACGAGGACGACGUGGAAAUGGAAUUCGUCAGCAGCGAGAAUCUACUGUCGAACGGCGUAGCUGGCUACUCGGGGCCGACCCCCCGAGGAAUCGAUCCGAACCGAGACUUGAGCGAGGCCAUAGCCGAGGAGCGCAGGGAGAUGGAAACCCAGAGAUACAGUAGAUACUGGACGCCCAACAACGGACGCGAAGAGCAGCAACAGCAGCAACUGACAGGACAGGCCAGUAAGGCCGCGAUAAUCGACAGCAUCGCCUCAUCCUACGGGAACAUCGAACGCGGCCGAGUAGCAGCGACACCUCCUACAACGACGACGACAACGACGACGACGACAAUCAGCGCACCUGAGCCAAAGCAGUCCUGGCCAUACUACCAGGCGGCGAGGACAAGUGCACAGGCGCAAAAGGCCCACAUCUACGAGGAUAUCCAGAGGAAGAUCGUCAAUGUCACUGUUGGUAACGGCAAAGCCAUAUCCGCCUGGAGAAACGCGACGAGUAACUCGAUCGAUCACCAGCGCAGGUAUCGGGACAAGCACCAGAGAAAGCGACCGAAGACUCGACCGCCAAGGGACUGCGAGGUCGGCGAAUGGGGCGCCUGGAGCGCGUGCAGCCGUAGCUGUGGAGUUGGCGAGACGCAGAGGACGCGACGGGUGGUGAUAAAACCGCGUCGAAGUGGCAAAGCAUGUCCGCCCCUGAAGGAGACCAAGUGGUGUGGAAGCAUCAGUCCGUGUCCCGAAAGCAGUACCAAACUUGACACCUCGGCUUCUUAUCACUGGUAGUCGAGAUAGGCAAGGCCAUAGGCCGACGAGUAUGCGUUAGCGUCUUCCAAAUCAGGAACUAUCUGGGAUGAUGACGGACGAUGGUAACGAUGAUAAUAAUAAUGAAGAUCACCUUCCGAUCUGAUGGGGAUCGUGAGGAUGUGUAACGUGCGCACAGUUAAAAAUAUCUGCACAAUAAUACUUACACUUUGUACAUUAAGAGUAAUGUGACUGGUGUUCGCGGAAAUUGAAUGCAUAUUAACACACAAUUCAAGGGUUUUACAUUCAAUGCUAAUACAACGUGCGCCGUAUUGACAUUUUCAGCAAAAUGAAAUUCAUACACCAUUCAUUAAAAUUCACAUUGUUUGCAUUUAAUGUAUAAUUCUGAACUCAAAAGUAGUACAUUAACGUUAAAAAGUUAAUCAAUUUAUUAAUCAUAACUAUAUACCUCCGUUUGUAUACUCCGUAAAAUCCUAAUUAACAAAAGUCCCUGCUAUUUUAAAAGAUCGAAUGAUAUGGAUUGUAUUUUUUUCAAAAAGCAUAAACUAUAGAAAUGAUAAAAUUUUUCACUACCUGUUUGAAAAAAAUAAUUAUGUAAGAUAUUCAAAAUCACUGAUGAUGCUAACUAGGGAAUAACAGAGCUUCUGGUUUACCAAUCUUGCUUAAAAUUGUUUGCUUCUUUCGAUACAAAACUAUUUGCAGGGGUUCCGCUGAAUCCGGGCAUCCGGGCCCUUGAAACCGGAUGUAUUCUCAGCUUUAAUUUUUUAUGCAUGUAUGUUCUAAAAUGAUAUUUACAGAUAUAUUCUGCACAUAUAUCGAGCAGUAAAUAUCUUCAACUACCAAGGCCAGUGGAACAGAAUCUUAGUGAGGCCUUAAUGUUCCCUCAUAAGUGUUCUGGGUGUUCAAAAUGUUUAUGACUAAGCGUCGAGAGUCUACAAGAUCCAGGUAAUUUUUGGUUCGUUCGUGAUGAUAAAAACGUUGCGUAAAAAAGAAAAAUGUAAGUAAAUACAUUAUGUUUGCUUAUAUAAAGUGAAUUCGAUCGGAUUUUAUUUAAAAAUAAAAUAAAUUUGAUUGGGUUUUAAUUUGUGCAAGAAAUUAAGAAACGUAAAAAAAUACGUAAAAAAAUUACGUAAAAAAUUUCCGAAUUCAGGGAAAGUAAAAACACUAGAAUUCAGUUUAAAAAUAAAAACACAAACAUUUUUAUUUUGAUUCCUAUUACACAGCUAGUCAAAGUAAACAUCAAAGAUUACGCAUUCGAUCAUUUUAAUAAAUCGGCAUGAAUGUAAGAAAUCUAGUAUAAAUAAUGUAAAUAAUUGCGUAAACAUAUUCUCAAUUAUGUACUACGAUCGCCUGAUGUUUACUUGUAUAAACUGUAUAAGAACCUAAUAUAAAAUAACUCAGAGUAAUUGAGUGUGGAAUUUCUUAUGUUUCCCGCCAAAAUUUAUAUAAAUACAGAUUAAGCUAGAGUUAGGGCUCUCUCUCUUAUCGUUGAUGACCUUGAUGUGCACGGGAUUCUUCGGGUUAACUCCUAAUCUC